UUUCAGAUUUGGGAUUUUAAAUUUCGAAAUUAGGGAUUGCUGAAACUAGGAUAUUGAAAAGGUACAAAUUUUGUUAUUCGUAAGAUAUAGUUUACGAUUUUCUGUAUCUCUGUUCACUCCUUUUUUGUUUAUCAUAUAAUUGUUAUGAUCAGGUUUUUUUUUAUCAGGUUUUUUUUUUUUUGUCCAUUAAUUUUUGUUUUUUGUUUAUUUUGGCUAGUACUUUGUUCGGUGAUAUUGUAUGGGUGUGCAUAUGUGAUGUCAAACUUGGGUUAUAAAUUGAUGUUAAAGAAAUCAAAUGUUGUUAUUAAAAUGUGAUAAUUUUCCCGUCUUCUCUAAUAGGAUCAAAAUUUCGUUUCCGUACGUUCUUUCGGUUAGGUUGGAAAUGAAAAUAGAAUUGGAAACUUUUUCAAACGUUUCGAAAACAUGAGAAAUAACAAAAGGAUUUGAAAGUGUGAAAAUAUUUGAAAAAAAAAACAAAAACUUUUAUUGAUGUUAAUAAAUUCUCAAUAGUUAAUUACUUGAACAUGUUGAGUGUCAUGAAUGCAUAGUUGGAUAACGGGGUUUGCCAUUUUAAGAAAAAUAUAUUAAAAGAAAUUGCGAAAUUCUUGUAACAGUAGGCAUGGAAAAAUAAACAAUCGGUGCAUUGCUCCUUAAUGUUUUCUAGACUAGGAGCACAAUUGGUAGCUGAUUUGUUAUCACAAUAAAGUCUAUUUUUUGGUUGGUCUUAAUUCUUAUGGUGAUUUUUAGUCCAAAGAAGUUCAAAGGAUCCAUGUGUCAUUGAUUUGCACUUGAUCUGGCAUCUAUUUGACUGGCAUGUACUUUACCAAGUUGCAAAGAUAACCUCUUUAUCAAUGUAAUUAGCCCAAUCAAACGGAGUUAAGAAAACAAAUGUUUAUUCAACAAUCCUCAGAGCUUCUUCUAAACUGAGGUGUUGUAACUCCAUGCGUGAAUUGAUUAUCUGUAGCUACAUGAAUCUAUUAGAUUAGCGAUUGACCCAAAAGCUUAAUGUGUUUAUGUUUUUAGAAGGCAAGAUACUUUUUAGUCUACAUGGAAAGUUGGAAUUUCAAUAUUUUAUACUAUUGUUUCAGAGUGAACAAUUGUGGCCAUGGUAGUUUAGAGUUUGAACUUGUGAACAAUGUAGGAUUUUCCUGUUGGAAGUUCUUAGGUUGUUAUAGUAUGAAAAAUUAGGGCUUGUAAAAUUAGGUUCUUAUAGUAUGACGAAUUAGUUUAGUAGAGUUUUUCUAUAUCAAAGGCCUAUUGGUUAUAAUGUCAUACAUGGAUGGUUCAAUAUAUGAAGAUGAAAUGAGAAAUUAUGGCGUGCAUAGUGAAGGUUGUGGGAAGAGUUCUUACAGUAUGUGCAUGCUAUUUCAUAGAAAGUGAAAUUAAAAAAAUCAAAGUAUGAAAGCAACUACACACGAAACACAUGACGAAAACGGGUUUGAUAAACCUGAACAAAAUGUCAAUUAAAGAUAUGGAAAAGGUUCUUUCAAAGCAUUUGAAAACACCCACCCAUGAAAGCCCUAAAAAAAGAGUUUUAAUUGAAAAAAUUAUUUAAAAAAAUAAUAAUAAUACCAAAGGGAAAGCAUAACAGCAUAAAACAAAAAGUAAAGGAAAACAUAAGCUCGUAAGAAGGGAUGAAGAAAUCAUGACAAAUCACAACAAAAAAAUUCAAAUGUUAAUUCAUGAUAAUUGGAGAAAUGAUCUCACACAUGAUUUUUUGUUUGAAUGUACAAAUAGAUAAUCCUUCUAAAUAAUACAAGAAAUAUAAGUCAUAUAGGAUGCUAUUAUAUAUGGAGCACAUAACUUUCAUUUCCAUGUUCACGUCGAUAUGCCACUUCAAUAUUUUGUAAUACCAAAAGACCCAUGCCUAAAGGCACUCCUGUGUAAUAUAUGUGGUGUUUGGGCUCAAAUGUGCUUACUUUAUUAUUUUGAAAUAAUUGAGUUACUUUGAAUGCAAAGUUUAGGUAUGGAAGUUGUGAGCAUUAUGUUCUAUUGGGGUGGAAAGACUUUGUGCAAUCGCGAUGAAGGGGUGUCGUAUGACACCGAACUUCAGGGGUUGUAUAAUGUGCACAGGGGGAUAACAUAGGGCGAGUUGGAGGCUAUGAUGGUGCCGAAGGUUGGUACGCAUGCCAUUAGAGUUUAAAUGUAGACUCCCAUGUCGGGGGAAGUAUAGGUUGCUGCCAAUCAAAGAUAAUGAGACCUUAAGUAAUGUCUUAGAGCUCCCACAUAAAUUAGGCCCUGAUUAUUUUUUGGAAAUCUAUGUGGAGAAGGAGAGCAAUUUUGGUGGCACAAAGAUGCCAAUUCCGGUGGGCAGGAAAUGUUGACACAAUUACAAUCCCCUGACAAUACACUUAUACAAUUUGCACACAUGUUCCCUAAAGAUUACCCUCCAUUCAAUCAUUCUCAGAGUUAUAAUCAAUUAAAUCCAUCACAGAACGUAGAUGGUUAUUACAAUGCCGGAGCAGGGCCAAGUGCUCCGACAACGUAUAAUCCGAUGGUUCUUACAACCCCAUAUCCCCACUGGAAUGAAGAAUGUCCACCGGUUUGUAAUGUUCAACGUACAACGGAGACGGCUGUCCAAAAUUAUGCAUCCUCCGAUGAUACAGUGCCAUUGUUUGACAAGGUUGGAGUAAGUGAUGAAGAUUCCGUGGAAGAUGUGGAUGGCGCAUGGGAAGGUGCAGACAAUGACUCCGGUGAUGACGAAGUUGGAGGGCAUCAUGAUAUGCAGGAGGUACACCCAAAUGUCCAUAUCCUUUUUUACCAUAAUUUGCAUUUCAACAAUGAUGAUUCCAUCACUAGCCGUGAUGUUGUCGAACGUUGACCAUUGUGGGACUUCGAAACUGCUCAUUUGGAGAAAGGAAUGAUAUUUACUGAUAAGAAAAGACUAGUGCAUGUUGUUCAGUUGUAUAACCUAAAGCGCAAUCGAGAAUGCAAGGUCAUAGAAUCCAAAGGAAACAGUUGGGUGGCUGAGUGCAAGCACGGCUGCAACUGGAGGGUUCGGGCAACGAAGUUGAAAGACAAAGAUUUCUUUCAAAUUAGAAGGUUUGAAGCGCCGCAUCAGUGUGUGUACCCUAGAAUGAAUAGGGACAAUUGCAACCUCAAGUCUGACGUCAUUGCUCAUUUCAUCAAGGCACAAAUUGCGAUAUUACCAGAAUUGCCUAUUGCUACCAUAAUUGAGGUCGUGAAGGAGAAGUUUCAAUUCACUAUAUCAUAUAAGAAAGCGUGGCUUGCAAGGACGAAGGCAGUUGCAAUGGUGUUUGGUGACUGGGACGAGUCGUACCGAAGGUUGCCUAGAUAUAUGGCUGCAUUGUAGGCGUUCAAUCCAAGCACAGUUGUCAUGUGGGACAUGAUUCCGAAUUUGCACUCUACCUCAAUCGGAAUUGAAAUGUACAUGAACUAUGUGUUCUGGGCAUUUAAACCUGCAAUAGAAGGCUUCAAGUAUUGUCGUCCAGUGAUAUGCAUUGACGGCACACUUCUACGGGAAAUACGAAGGGAAGAUUGUUGCGGCCACUGCAGUGACUGCUGCGGACAAGAUUGUACCUCUUGCCUUUGCCGUUGUUGACAAGGAGAUGAUCGAGAGUUGGGGUUGGUUCAUUACUCUGCUUAGGCGACAUGUGUGCCGUGACCGAGAGGGGGUGACAUUGAUAUCCGAUCGACACACAGCUUUGCUUAGUGUCGUGUCAAGAAUUUGGAACAAUCCAGCAGUUCAACCAAGAGGGUACCAUAGGUAUUGCUUGCGACACGUAUGUAGCAAUUUCAAUGACAGAUUCGGCAAUACAGUAGCGAAGGAUCUUGUGUGGAGAGCUGGUUCUGCAUGGCAAGUGUGGAAGUUUGACAAGUUUAUGGACGAUAUCUACAAGCUUGAGAAGAAUGCUGAACGGUGGUUUAGUCGGAUGAACCCUAUUCAUUGGACAUUGUGCCAUGAUGGUGGUCGUCGUUGGGGCAUAUUGACGACAAACCAUAUAGAGGGCUUCAACGGUGUACUGAAAGGCGCACGCAGUGUUCCCAUUACAACAUCAGUUGAGGUAACUUUUUAUCGGCUCGUCAAAUAUUUUAACGAGGGCAGGACCAUUGCUGAAAAUGCGAGUAAUCGGGGUCACUUGUACACAACUAAUGUUCAACGAUGGAUUGACGAGCACCAAGCUAAAGCGAAUGUGCAUAUGUUGGCACCGAUUAAUAGGGGAAUAAGGGAAUAUGAGGUGAGGGCUGCACCGCAUGGGAUGGGGAGUGGUGCUCGUCAAAUAGUUAGUCUCCGACCACCGAGUUGUUCAUGUGGGAAGUACACAUUAUUUCACUUGCCAUGUUCCCACAUGCUUGUGGGAAUAAGGGAAUAUGAGGUGAGGACAGCACCGCAUGGGAUGGGGGGUGGUGCUCGUCAAAUAGUUAGUCUCCGACCACCGAGUUCAUGUGGGAAGUACACAUUGUUUCACUUGCCAUGUUCCCACAUGCUUGCUGUGACAGCAGACUUGGGCGAGGACCCUUUUCCUUCCGUUGCACCAAAGUAUAGGUUGGAAGUCCACAAGCGUAUCUUCGCGCAGAAGUUUAGGCCCAUGCCGCACGAGCAAUAUUGGCCUAAUGAUGAUUACCCAACUUUGCUUGCUAUUCCAGAUCGACAACGUGAAGUUAAAACAGGUCGUCCUCAACAUACCCGCAUCCACAACGAAAUGGAUACUUCCAAGCAAAGUGGAUUGUACCAUUGUAGUUUGUGUUUGCAAAGAGGGCAUGAUAAGAGAAAAUGUCCAGUGAGAAUCCGAUCGAUUCGACAGUAG